CACUGACUGGCACUGUUAGACGGCACUGACUGGCACUGAUAGGCAGCACUGACUGGCACUGAUAGGUGGCACUGAUUGGCAGCACCGAUAGGUGGCACUGAUUGGCGUCACUGACUUGCACUGAUGGGUGACACUGAAAGGCAGCUCAGAUGGGCACUGAUAUGUGGCAUUGAUGUGGCACUGAUGAGCACUGGCAGGUGGCACUUCUGGGGCCACACUGAUCAUCAGGGCACACUGAUCAUCAGUGCUCUGAUGGUCAGUGUAGAUGUCCCCUCUGAUGUGACAGCUCGAGAGGAGAGAAAUGCUGAUAACCGGCAUUUCCCUGUUUACAUGUGAUCAGCUGUGAUUGGACACAGCUGAUCACAUGACUGAGCCAACAUCUUCGGCUUUCCGUGGAUCGGUGAUCUGCUG